GCUGGAGGAAGAGCUGCUGCCGCCGUGUGCUUCGCCUCCCGGCAGCUGCUGGCUCCGCUCGCAGCGCUCGGAAAGUUGGGUCAGACCUGAACCCCUAAAAGCGGAACCGCCUCCCACCUUCGCGCCAGCCGCCCGCCGGGAGCUGAGUCGCCGGCGGCGGCGGCGGCGGACGGACCCGGGAGUUUCGUCUCGCACUGGAUGGAGCUGAACUUUGGGCGGCCAGAGCAGCGCGGCCGUCCGGGGAACGCUGUAUGCUGAGCUCCCCCGGCGAGACCCAGCGGCGGCUCGGGAUUUUUUGGGGGGCGGGGACCAGCUGCGCGCCGGCACCAUGUUCCUGGCGACCUUGUACUUCGCGCUGCCGCUCCUGGACCUGCUCCUGUCGGCGGAGGUGAGCGGCGGGGACCGCCUGGACUGUGUGAAAGCCAGCGAUCAGUGCCUGAAAGAGCAGAGCUGCAGCACCAAGUACCGCACGCUGAGGCAGUGCGUGGCGGGCAAGGAGACCAACUUCAGCCUGACAUCGGGCCUGGAGGCCAAGGACGAGUGCCGCAGUGCCAUGGAGGCCCUCAAGCAGAAGUCUCUCUACAACUGCCGCUGCAAGCGGGGUAUGAAGAAGGAGAAGAACUGCCUGCGCAUCUACUGGAGCAUGUACCAGAGCCUGCAGGGAAAUGAUCUGCUCGAAGAUUCCCCUUAUGAACCAGUUAACAGCAGAUUGUCUGAUAUAUUCCGGGUGGUCCCAUUCAUACCAGAUAUUUUCCAGCAAGUGGAGCACGUUCCCAAGGGGAACAACUGCCUGGACGCCGCCAAGGCCUGUAACCUCGACGACACCUGUAAGAAGUACAGGUCCGCGUACAUCACCCCGUGCACCACCAGCAUGUCCAACGAGGUCUGCAACCGGCGCAAGUGCCACAAGGCCCUGCGGCAGUUCUUCGACAAGGUUCCGGCCAAGCACAGCUACGGAAUGCUCUUCUGCUCCUGCCGGGACAUCGCGUGCACGGAGCGGAGGCGGCAGACCAUCGUGCCCGUGUGCUCCUACGAGGAGAGGGAGAAACCCAACUGCCUGACUUUGCAGGACUCGUGCAAGACGAAUUACAUCUGCAGAUCUCGCCUUGCGGAUUUUUUUACCAACUGCCAACCGGAGUCAAGGUCUGCCAGCAGCUGCCUGAAGGAAAACUAUGCUGACUGCCUCCUCGCCUACUCAGGGCUUAUUGGUACAGUCAUGACCCCCAACUACAUAGACUCCAGUAGCCUCAGCGUGGCCCCAUGGUGUGACUGCAACAACAGUGGGAAUGAUCUGGAAGAGUGCUUCAAAUUUUUGAACUUCUUCAAGGACAAUACAUGUCUCAAAAAUGCAAUUCAAGCCUUUGGCAAUGGCUCCGAUGUGACCGUGUGGCAGCCAGCCCUCCCAGUUCAGACCACCACUGCCACCACCACCACAGCCUUCCGGGUCAAGAACAAGCCCCUGGGACCUGCAGGGUCGGAGAAUGAGAUCCCCACUCAUGUUUUACCACCUUGUGCAAAUCUGCAGGCACAGAAGCUGAAAUCCAACGUGUCGGGCAGCACGCACCUCUGUCUUUCUGAUCGUGAUUACGAAAAGAACGGCCUUGCUGGUGCUUCCAGCCACAUAACCACAAAAUCAAUGGCUGCUCCUCCAACGUGUGGUCUGAGCCCGCUGCUGGUUCUGGUGGUAACCGCCCUGUCCACCUUUUUGUCUUUAUCUUUGGCAGAAACAUCGUAGCUGCAUUUAAAAAAAAAAAACAACAACAAUGCGGACAUGUAAAAAGACAAAAACCAAGCUAUCUGUUUCCUGUCCUCUUGUAUAUCUGAAAUUCCAGUUUUAGGAGCUCAGUUGAGACACUGGGAAAACAGUUUCAUUCAACUGGAACUUUUUCUUUCUUUCUCUCUUUUCUUUUUUCUUUCUUUCUUCCUUUUUUUUUUUUUUUUUUUUUUUAAGAAAUCUUGUGAACCUUAGGGCUUCUAUGGGAUACCUGAUGCUGUGCUACAUUCCAAAUUCAAAAGGCUUUGGGGCAUGCUGUGUCGUAAAGGGGGAGUUUGUAAACUUGGCUGUCUAACAAACUGGGCCCAUGUUUUACAUGAUGAUGUCGAUGACUUUAACAAUUUACCUCUGGCCGUUACUAGCAAGAGAAAGGAGUUAGUAUUGUUAAAGAAUCUUCCAGAGUCACGUAAUGACUGGUUUCUAAUGACAUCAUUUUAGCCUAACAUGGGUGCAGGUUUUGGUAGGAUUUUUUUUUUUUUUUUUUUUUUUUUUUUGUCACAAAGCAAAGAUCCUCAUCAAGGGGAUCUCGAUGGACUUUGUGCAAACCAGUUUGCAUCAAUGUUCACCUUUUCUAUAUGUACUAACAUUUUCCACAUUGUGUACUACAAACAGUUCUACACUCUCCUACCAAACAAAAGACACCUGUUGCAUCCAAACAUAGUGUCUGUCUUCUAGUCAGUGUGGCGGAGGGGAGUGGGGGGAGGCGAGUGUGCAUGAACGUUUGCAGUACCUUGAUUGUUGAACAACACUCUGCUAAGCCUUCCCUGAGCGAGAAGCCCUUUAACUAACAGGAGUCCAAUAUAGCCGAUAUGUCACUCUAAUACUCUUUACACGUAUGAAGUUAUAUGUAGGAAAAAAAUUUUACUACCAAAUGAUUUCAACUAUUGGCUUUCUAUAUUUUGAAAGUACUGAUACUGUCUUCAUUUUUUACUGAUGAUUUAAUACAAAAUACAGGGAGCUCGUUUCCCCUCUCGUAAGUGGUGUUCGCUCCGAUGUUAACUUCACGAAGACAGCUCUUCAAAAGCAGACUGGGACGAGUCUGUGCUUUAGCAGAAAGCUCUGCACCCCGUUACUGUGGACAGGCAGGAGGAAACAGAACAGCCAGGUGUUGUCCUUUAUCAUUUCUUGACAUGCAAGCGUGCAUUCCCGUGAGGAAACUGGUGGCCAUUUGUCAAUGCCCUGCAAAAUCUGAUGGCACCUGUGACAGUUGACACAAUCCAGUACCUUGGUUUUCAUGUGACUUGACAGAGACUGGUUUGGCUGGGACGGAGGGCGGGGACCUGCUGCCCUCUCUUCUGAAGCAGAUCCUUGCCAGCCUACCCGGGUCUUUUCCUGAGGGUUGUCUUGACUCUCAAUGGUGAUGACCUCACCGCUGGUUACAGUGAUUUGGUCUGAAGGUCAUCAGGACCCUACUUGCAUCUUGUUAUGUUGUGUGUCCUCCAUGACAGACUCUGACAGACUGUGUGGGAAAGAAAGAAGGCUGUGGAUCAGGAGGACCAAUGAUAGGUCUGUGGAGAAGAGUUGGCUGGUAAAGAUAUAAGGAACAGGACUCUGGAUACAAGGCAUCUGGCUUGUUCACUGCACAUCAUCUUCCAUCAUUCUCAUCCUUAAACAAGUAGACCCUGAAGUGCACUUUCAAAGUCUGGUUGAUGGCGACAUUCCGAAUCUGCAAUGAUCGAGUGCUAGGAGCCAUGCUUCUCCAACACUGAGUAGAGAAGAGGAGAUUCCACCUGAAGAGAGUGCUGGGAGCAUUAUCUCUCCCACAUCAGUAGGGGGGCUGGAGGAGGAACUCAAGGUGCACAGUUCAUACUGAUCCCCUUUGCCCGCUGAUGUUUGCCUUGUAAGAAUUAAUCAAAUCACUGGGGUGGGAAAUCUGUUCGAUCCAAGAUAAAGGCAUAGUCUUUUAGCUCCUAUUGGUGUUUGAAGUACAUUUAUAUCCAAAUGUUAAUAAACAUAAAUGUAUAAUACCAAGUACUGAGUUUUUUCAGUUCAAACUGUUUUCAAGGGAAAUUCAUCAAACAGAUUUGAGUCGUGAAAGGUUUCAUAAAGACUCUGACUUUGAAUAAACACAUUAAAUGUGUCGAAA